GCGUACAGAUGCGAACGCAAUUGGGGCGCGUGAACGGAACGCGUUUGUCUCUAGAAAGGAUAUACAAGUUGGCAUUUCAUUUUUAAGCCGAUUGCGAAAAGGCUCAAUGCAAAUACUUUGUGGGCUAAUUCGGAAGUUUUGUGUUAACCUCGAUUCUUGAAAACAUAUUUUACGGUUUACUGUGUGUGUUCGUAAAUGUUGUGGCAACUUUGUAGGCAGCGGCACUACUAACCUCAUUCUAACGGUACCAUAAUAUAGCUAUUAGCAAAUUUUCGUUAACCAGCGCUACCAGUGCCGCCAGUGGCACGGACUCACGUACAACGGGAAUUCCCAUAUUUUGUUCAUUUGUGUGUAUCACGUUCUGCUAUCGCUUUCGGUAAAUUCACUUUAACGAUUCGUAUGUCGUUUUGACGGCCGCUCGGUCUCCCAGUCUCCCGGUCUGUCGGUCGGUACGUAGAUCUGCCGUUCGGUCGGUCGGUUAGUGUAUACUACACAUCAUCGUCGGUCAAUUCUUUUAAACGAUUUAUAUCUUUCAUUUGCAAAAAAAAGUCCAAUCAAUGUACAUUAUGCCUGUUUUUGUGCAUAACUGUCCUUGUGUGUGUGUACGUGUGUGUCAGUGCAUUGAAAACCACUAACAAGGCUGUGUAAAAUCAGUAAAUAAUUGACCAAUACUGUCAAUUUGAACAACAUGACUGGACGUCGACCUUGCUGCAUGUACGGCGAAUGCUCGUGAAGGGUUCAUACGUGUAUAUAUAUAUGAGAACAACAAUAGAAAAAGCUUCCGAACUUAAUAGCUUUAACACUUGCUGAAAAAUACGAAAGGUGCACAAGACGUUUGCGUCAAGAGUUGCUGUUCGUAAUUAGUUGGUCAAAAUGUCCGAUUGCUAGUAACCGGAAGAAUUUAUUGGAUGUGAGCAGCAACAGCGGACGCAGCUUGAACACGAAAACGAGAAGUUGAAUCUGAAGUUGUUGGCAUGGCGCAAUGCGGCUGUUAAAAGAGCUGGAAAAUAAAAACACACAAGAGUAAGAAAUAAAAAUAAAGUUAAAAUCAAAAUAAAAAAGUGUAGAAAAGAAAGUGCGCUAAGUAAACGUUUCCAGAAUCUGAUCAAAACAGCAAAACUUAGGAAAUGAGAGCUGCAAACGAAAGCAACGAACAAAUCAAAUAUUAAAGAAAAUAAAUUAAAAAGCCAAGAACUACACGAAAAACAAAUAAAAAUGCUUAAGUGCUGUAUGAACCAGCAACACGUGACUUACAUAUAAAUAACAAAAAAAGUUAAACAAAUAAAUAAAAUAUACAAGCCAAUAGCUUAUUUGCAUAAAAAAAUAGAAAUUGAAAUAUAUAUGUGUACAUAUGUAAACAAUGAAAAGCAGAGAAAUGUGGCAAUUGCAAAAGGUAAAAUCCAUAUUUAAAUCGCCUUUGAAGCCUGCGGUGUCACCACUUGUAAGUCUCAGCUUCAUUCGGACAUAAAUGUAUGAAACACGCGCACAUAUACAUAAAAAUGUACAUUGUUUUUUUAUAAAAUAUUCAAAACAUUAUUUAAAAAUAUUAAAAUAUGCAAUUCGCCUGCGUUUAACAGUAAAUCCCAAUAUGCAGUUGAAUGAAUAAAUUGUGUUUAUAUGUAUGUGCGUAUAUAAUAAUAUUUCCGAAAAUAAUAUAAAAAAACUCCAAAAUAUUUACACUUCCGGUGCAAUUGUAGUCGACAAAUAACUCCAAAACAAUAAUAACAACAACAUAUUGUGUAAUUAAAUAUGAAUAAAAUGGCGGCGAAAAACUGCAUUUGGCCAUUUAUCCACACCCUUCACAUGACGCUUCUUACUCUGCCGCUGUUGAUUGUAAAUACACAGGCGCGAAUUGGUUAUUUUUGGCACAUCACAGAUUUGCAUUUGGAUACAUUUUACUCAACGCAAGGCGAUGUCAUGCACAGUUGUUGGCGCAUCGACGGCCAAUCGCCCAGCAGUCCCAUACGGUCACCUGGUCGUUUUGGCGAUUACUUCUGCGAUAGUCCUUGGAGUCUAAUUGAGUCAGCGGCGCGAGCGAUGAAGUCGCGACAAGGCGACAAUGUCGAGUUCGUGUUGUGGACAGGCGAUGGCCUGUCCCAUUCAGCGCUCAAGGAGUCCGACACAAAGCGUUUGGAAAUUUUACGCAACAUUACCGAUUUGCUUGGACGUACAUUUUCGUCGCAAUUCGUUUUUCCUGUGCUCGGACAUGAAGAUGGAACAACAAAUUUUCGACACUUGGGCGAGCUGUGGCGGCAUUGGUUGCCGUCGGAGGCUCUGCAUACGUUUGAAAAAGGUGGCUACUACUCCAUUGAGCAGACGAAAAGUCGCCUACGCAUUAUCGCGCUAAAUACAAAUUUUAUGCGUCACGAUCACAAAACAGCGCCAAGUCAUUUGGCAGCGGUUCGUCAGCGUACACCGAAUGGCGCUGCCAGUAACGGCGACUCGGAGUACAAGACCUAUUACUAUCAUCACGGCUCAAUACAUCAGCACCAUGGGCAUUCGCAGAGUGAUUGGAUGUCACAUGGCGGUGGCUAUGGCGGUUAUGGUGGUGGUCAUCAUCGUGGCAUGAAUGCCAUACCCGCGUUGAGCGUUGGCGAUGGUGAGGGCAGGGUGAGUGCGCUCUCCGAGUAUGAGACACAGGAUGCGGAGAAGCAGUGGGUGUGGCUGGAAGAGAUGCUGUUCAAGUCGAAAAAUAACAAGGAAACGGUCUACAUAGUCGGUCACAUUCCGCCCGGCUCGGAUGAGCGACACAUCGGUUUGCAGCAAAAUGGCCGCACCACAUUUACAGAAACAAAUAACAAACGGUACUUGGAGUUGGUGCGUAAAUACUCGUCAAUUAUUCAGGGUCAAUUUUUCGGUCAUCUGCAUUCGGAUUCAUUUCGCAUCAUAUACGAUGAUAAUGGUAAACCGGUUUCAUGGAUGAUGAUUUCCCCUUCGGUAACACCACGCAAACUUAAUGUAGGCUCCAAUAAUCCGGCAAUGCGUCUUUACAAGUUUGACACUGAUUCAGGACAGGUUUUGGACUACACGCAGUACUUCAUGGACUUACAGUUGGCGAAUCAGGUGGGCGAGCCCAACUGGCUUCCGGAAUACAAUCUUACACAUUACUAUGCACUCAGUGAUAUAUCGGCGAUAUCCUUGCACAAUUUCGUGGAUCGUUUUACUAGCGGUGACGGCUCUUGGUUCGGCAAAUAUUCACGCGCCAACACCGUUCGCUAUCAGAGCGACCCCUGUGAGGGCGUUUGCAUGCUGAAUCAUUACUGCGCCAUAACGCGUGUGGACUACAAAGAAUUCCGCCAGUGCCUGGAGAAGGAGCAGAGUGCGCUACGCUCUCAUGCGCCCGCCGCGCACACCGCGCUCGCUGGGGCCUGUCCGAUGCUGGUGCUGAUGUGUGCAUUGCUGGCAUCCUGCUGUCGUCAGGCUGCUGCACUGCUGCCCAAACUUAUUACACGCAUGAAACGGGAACAACAAAAGCGACAAAAACGGAGGCAACCUUUUGUUGAGAAGAAAGAACGACAAAUUGAAUUCGCAGCAUUGAUGCUGGCGAUGGCAAUGACAAUAACAAGAACGACAACAGUGGGAGCAACAAACAGAACCACAACAACAACAAGCAAGUCCAUGGCCAUAAUAACGGCGAUGUUAUUAAAUGCGAGAACAGCAGCAUUUGCUUUGCUACUCGGAAUAUUGUUGAUGUUGCAAUAUGCGCUGGAGCGCAGCAGCAAUUGUUGCAAGCACGCCAACGCCACCAGCACCAACACCAUCUCUGUCCGCGCACCUACGCAAGGACUUAUGCUGGGCCAAGUGUGUGCCAAAAUGACAACAAAUAAAAUGGAAAUGGAAAAUUUUUGCAUGCAACGUAGAGUGUUGCCACCAAAUGGUGCCAUUGGGGGCAUGCUGCGGCUGCAGGGCAAUGCUGAGGUGUUAUUACAGCAGCCAGUCGCUGCCGCCGCAUUCAACCGCCACAGCUUGUGCUACAACAGCUUUAAUGUUAUCGCUGUGGCAGGCACUGUGGCAGUUUCCACAAAUAGCAACAGCAGCAAUUACGUCAGCACCAACAACAACAAUGGCAACAAUAACUACACCAAAACUAGCACCACCGAUAACAAUGGCAUGCUGCUGCAGCUGCAGAAAUCACAGCGACAACAACAAUGUGAGUGCCUCUAUCUGUCUCAGUAUCUGCGUCUGCGUCCAUGUCCUGGUGCAGCGCAAGGAAAUGCUGCUGCUGCUUCUGCUGCUGCUGCUGCUGUUGACAAUAACAAUGGCCGUCGUGCAAUAAUUCCAAUUUCGACUGUGCAACAACAACUACAACAUCAAUUGCCACAAUGCAACUGCGUCAAUUAUUAUUGGUCCACAUGUCUGGUGUGGCAAUAUCUUUGUUGUUGCAUAUAUUUACGUUUCAUAAUAAGCUGUUUGUGGCUCUCUGCAAGCAGUCCGCUUCGUGGUCCAACAGGUACUCCUCACAGCUCUACUAAUGCCACCACCUCGAAUGUGAGCUACGAGAACGAUGCAGCCGUUGAAGUGCGGUCUCCAGCCUUCCUUUGCACAGCCCUUCAGCUGCAUCGGCGAGCGGGCUCAAGCAGCGCCGCACAUUAGUAUGUGUGCGUCGUUUUGGUGGUAUCGCUUCAAGGCCUCCGCUUUCUUAUUAAAUUAAGUAUUUACCGUAAUUGUGUGUUUAUUAUUGAAUUAAAUGAUAUUUAAGAUAUUUAAGGUUAUGUCUUGGGAGCGAAAAAGUGAAUUGAAAUUAUGUGUAUGUGUGUGAGUGUGUGUGAAAAUAGAGUAAUAAAAUAUCAUGCUAGCUCCUGAAUGAAAUCAGCCCAAAGAAGGCUUUAAUGAAAUUGAGUUAAAAAUUGUUUUUAUUUGAAUUUUCACAAAAG